GCCGCUCUGCAGCUGUACCCGUAACAGGUAGUGAGGGCGAGUGGCGGCAUUUGGAUCUUGGGUAUUCACAGGAAGACAUGGCGGCCGAGCAGGGAGCCGGCGGGGACCGGCCGCACGAGGGAGGCGCUGCUGGAGGCGGCUGGGGCUGGGACGGGCCUCCGGGGGCCCCGAAUAGCGAAGAGAGCGGCGGUCGGACAGGCACCUCAACGGAACAGAUUCUCCAGACGGGGAAUGUGCUGCUUCACGCGUUUAUUGCCGACCGGGUGCAACGCACGCCUGACGGGCCUCAAGCUGAUGUACCGGAACUGAGUUGGACUCACCUGCCAAUAGACCCGGCCACGAAGGAACUGAGCGAGUGCCUACGGAAGAUAGGGGACGAGCUGGAUGGAAACAUGGAGCUGCAGAGGAUGAUCGACCAGGUGAAAAUCAAUUCACCCAAGGAAGUCUUUUUCAAGGUUGCCAUGGAAAUGUUCGCGGACGGGAAUUUUAACUGGGGGCGAGUCGUUGCCCUCUUCUAUUUUGCUUGCAAGCUCGUCCUAAAGGCCCUCUGGACGAAAGUCCCCAACAUGAUCCAGACCCUCAUUACGUGGACAAUAGACUUCCUACGAGAGUACGUUGUGCAGUGGAUACGAGAACAAGGAGGCUGGGAGGGUCUCAUUUCGUACGUGAGUACCCCAUCUUGGCAGGCAGUCAGCGUCUUCCUUGCUGGCGUGAUAACCGCUUCUAUCACCAUCUGGAAGAUGUCCUAAUACUUCCUUCAGGGGUCGACUCUGCCUUUUUUUAAGAGAAAAAAAAAUUCUACGGGAUGCACAAAAGCUCAUCGGAAUUUAUUCUGGCACUGGGAAACGAAAGGGACUAGCGCUUCCACGAGGGAUGCGGACCCCCAUGUGACUGGCAGAUCAUGCGCAAAACAUCAAGAAUCCUGUACUUUUUUUUUUUGGAUCUUUUUUUUAGCUUUGAUAAGUUGUGCCUUUAUUUAGAGUGUAUGUUUUCGGGUAUUUUUUAAUUUAAGAUCAUUUUUCAUUUAAUACUUGAAUCUGCAUCAUUUUUUUUCCUCCCAAAAAAAAAAAAAAUCUUUAUUUGAACUGAUGGGAAAAAAAUACACAAAUUUGCAUUCCACCCUGAGAGUAAUUUAGGCAAAUUGGGUUUCUGCCAGUGACUUUUUUUUAUAAA